CCUCAGGCCCUGAACCCGGUGAGCGGACGCCAGGCUCACUGCUCGCGGCUGGAUCGCUGAGGAGCCCGCGGUGCGGGAUUGGGGCGCGGCCACAGGCUCCGCCCGUCUGCCCGCCCCGCCCGGCUUGGGAGAGCGAAAUGUCAUCGGGGGAAUCGCACCAGGAGCAGCUGUCACAGUCAGAUCCAUCCCCCUCCCCAAACUCCAGUAGUUCCUUUGAGCUGCUAGACAUGGAUGUUGGCAGUUCCUACGAACCCGUUUCUCCACAUUGGUUUUAUUGUAAGGUAAUAGACUCUAAGGAGCUCUGGAUUCCUUUCAACUCUGAAGAUUCACAGCAACUGGAAGAAGCACAUGGCUUUGGAAAGGAUUGUAAUGAGAGGGUUGUCCCCACUGAUGGGGGCAGAUAUGAUGUCCAUCUAGGGGAGAGGAUGCGGUAUGCUGUGUACUGGGAUGAACUGCCAUCAGAAGUGAGGCGGUGCACGUGGUUCUACAAGGGAGACAAAGACAACAAGUACGUCCCCUACUCCGAGAGCUUCAGCCAAGUUUUGGAGGAUACAUAUAUGCUUGCGGUAACUCUGGAUGAAUGGAAAAAAAAACUAGAAUCUCCAAACAGAGAAAUUAUUGUAUUACACAACCCAAAGCUCAUGGUGCAUUACCAGCCAAUCACAGGGUCUGAUGAAUGGGGUUCAACAUCCACUGAGCAAGGUCGGCCAAGAUCAGUAAAAAGAGGCGUUGAGAGCAUCCCUGUUGAUAUUCACUGUGGGGAACCUUUGCAAAUAGAUCACUUAGUGUUUGUAGUCCAUGGGAUUGGACCAGCUUGUGAUCUCCGUUUUCGAAGCAUUGUUCAAUGUGUUAAUGAUUUUCGAAGUGUUUCCUUGAACCUGCUACAAACACAUUUUAAGAAAGCCCAAGAAAACCAGCAGAUUGGAAGGGUAGAGUUCCUUCCGGUCAACUGGCACAGCCCUUUGCAUUCUACUGGAGUAGAUAUAGAUCUGCAGCGGAUAACCCUACCCAGCAUCAAUCGCCUUAGACACUUCACUAACGAUACAAUUCUGGAUGUCUUCUUCUACAAUAGCCCCACCUACUGUCAGACUAUUGUGGACACAGUAGCUUCUGAAAUGAACCGAAUAUAUACGCUUUUUCUGCAGAGGAACCCUGAUUUCAAAGGGGGUGUAUCCAUUGCUGGUCAUAGUUUAGGUUCGCUUAUAUUGUUUGAUAUCCUAACAAAUCAGAAAGAUUCUAUUGGGGAUAUUGACAGUGAAAAGGGUUCAUUGAGUACUGCUGAGGAUCUAGGAGAUGUAUCAACAUUAGAAGAAGAACUGAAGAAGCUUCAGCUCUCUGAGUUUGUCACUGUCUUUGAGAAGGAGAAAGUUGACAGAGAAGCUCUGGCUUUAUGUACAGACAGAGAUCUUCAGGAAAUGGGGAUUCCCUUAGGACCCAGAAAGAAGAUACUGAACCACUUCAGUGCCACAAAGAGUUCAGUGGGUAUUAAUAGACCAACCAUGUCAGCUUCUGAGGUAAAUAUCCCCAAGGAAAAAGGUGACUAUUUGGAUGUUGGAAUUGGGCAGGUGUCUGUAAAAUACCCCCGGCUUAACUACAAACCAGAAAUAUUCUUUGCCUUUGGAUCCCCCAUUGGAAUGUUUCUUACUGUCCGAGGAUUAAGAAGAAUUGAUCCAAAUUAUAAAUUUCCCACAUGCAAAGGUUUCUUCAAUAUUUACCAUCCUUUUGAUCCUGUGGCAUAUAGGAUUGAACCAAUGGUGGUCCCAGGAGUAGAAUUUGAGCCAAUGCUGAUUCCACAUCAUAAAGGCAGGAAGCGGAUGCACUUAGAACUGAGAGAGGGCUUGACCAGGAUGAGUAUGGACCUGAAGAACAACUUGCUGGGUUCACUGAGGAUGGCCUGGAAGUCUUUCACCAGAGCUCCAUACCCUGCCUUACAAGCUUCAGAAACGGCAGAAGACACUGAGGCAGAACCCGAACCAAAUUCAGAAAAGCCCAGUGACGCCAACACAGAAGAGCCUCCUGUGGAGGUCAAAGAGGAGGCUCCCAUCAAUGUGGGAAUGCUGAAUGGAGGCCAGCGCAUUGACUAUGUGUUACAGGAGAAGCCCAUUGAGAGUUUUAAUGAAUAUUUAUUUGCUCUACAAAGCCAUCUAUGCUACUGGGAAUCUGAAGAUACAGUACUGCUUGUCCUCAAAGAGAUCUACCAAACCCAGGGGAUCUUCCUCGAUCAGCCUUUACAGUAAAAUGACCCAUCUGUGGCUGCUUAAUAUGGACAUUGAGGGAGCCUUUCCUGAAAACCCCCUGGCUUGUUGCUGCAGCCUUCUUCUCAGCUACCGUGUGUCCUGCAUGUUGCCUGCCUUACUCCACGGGAUCUUUCAAGAUAACCCUCUUUGGAAACUAGGCGAAAGCAGAGGGAAGACUGCCUCAUAUGAACUCUCGCCGUUUUUGUAGCUAGGGACUUCCAUAUUUAAUGCUUUAGCAGCAGCCCCUCCUUGGUUAUUACAUGGAAAUGGAUAGUCUGUUAAGGGGGCUUAGAGAGCUUUAUGUCCUCUCCUUAGAAAGUGGGCUCGUUGGGGAACUUAUGAAGAUGGAGAGGACUUAGGGGUCCAGUCGCACUGCAGGGCUAAGCAUGUGUGGAUGUGGGAUAGCUGCUAGGUUUCGAGCCAGCAUUUAUUUCUUUGCUGUGUGUGAAAACCAGAGGCUGCCCUGAGCACUCACAUGGCACUGUAGGGACCACUGGGGCUGUUUGUGGUUGUUAUAGUUGCCUCAGCGUCUGUAACCCCAGAGGCUGUAUGAGCUGUGUGCCUGCCCUUCUACACCAUACUCCAAACCAGGGGUGAAGUGCAGGAAGUUAGUUGGUAAUACUUAUUUGAAGGUCACCCUGAAGUUACAUGGUCCUUCUCAGCUGUUCAUGUAGAAAAUGUGGUUUUUUAGUAGCACGGACUUGUCACCUGCUCCUUCACUUGAGAAAAGUAAGUAUUGUGACAUAAACGUCACUGCUUUCUGAGGUAUCAUCAAAAUGUUUACUUAUAGUUGGCAAUCAGUGUAGUUGAGCAUGCAGGUUAGGCAAGGGGGAAGACCACAUUCUGAAAGAAAAUCCUGUCUACAGGGUCUGAGGAGCAGCUGUAUGCACUGUGCACUGGCAGCUGAAUCUGCAGAAUUCAAAGCACGUUUAUCCUGAGGAAGAAUGACUGUACGCUGUCUUCCCCUUCCUCAGCAUGUGCUGUCGUCUGUCCUCUUCAUGAUUGUCCUUUAUUCUCCUUAGGUUAGCUCCUCCGAUUUCCACAGGUCUCUUUAUAGGUGAGCUGUGGUUUGAUUUUUGACCUUUUUUUGUAAACUGAUCAUGGUAUCCAGAGGCACUGCACAUAACACGCCCUGAACCCCCUCAGAUGGUGGUGCCCUUGACACACAGGGAGAGGGAGGCGAGCACUGUACCCUGGAGGUUAGAGGCACAGGACAGUCAGGCCUGGCCUUCCUUUCUGCUUAUGGGUAAUACUGGAUAAGCAAGCUACUGAGGAGUUCCAGGUAUAUGGAAUGUUUUAUUUUUUUCUACAGUAUGUCUUGAGUAAGAAUAUCUGAGAAUGAAGUAGUAUUCAUUAAAUACUAGAGUAAUUUUUGUCAAUUGUUGUCUUGAGAUUUGUUUACUCUUGUUAGCAGUCAUUACUACGUAAGAGUAAACCAAAGCACAACUGAGUGUGUUUAGUGACCAAAGAUGGGCAGCUUGGCCCUGGAGAGCUAGAUAAACCACUGCACUAAGAAAUGCUGCUUCCCGGCAGUCCGGUACAGUAACUCAAAGAGCUUGCACCUCACCAUCCACUCGUGGCGUUAUCACGCUCAGUAUUACACAAGUGAGUAGGGCAAGGGGCCUGGGUAUGGGUGUGCAUUGCGUCAUUUGUUACCAUGUACAGUUUCUUGACCAAGGCUGUUUUUAAACUCCAGUGUAACAGCAUUUUGUACGUAAUUCUGGCUGCACAAUUCGUGAGAGACUGUUUGCAAGGGAUGAACAGCACUGAUUACCUUCCUGAUAUUUUGCACUUUUGAAAUGUUUGUUUUAUAUGUGAUUAUAUUUAAGACUUUAGUAAAUGCUGAAAUAAAACUAUUGACCAUUUACCUACA